ACCACCGAUUUGGCUCGGCCCUACAGCGCGAGCGACAAACCCGGUCUCGGCGCAGUGCGCUCUCGGGCCGCGCGAGUCACGCUCGUUUUUAUACUCGUCCCGGUGCGAGCGGAACACACACACACAUCGCGGUCUCAUUGUGGUCUCGCGGCGAGUCCAUGACGCGUGCCGGCGGCGGCGGUGGCUCGGGGUCCACGGCGGCCGAGUAGACGAUAAGUUUUUGGUUUAAAACAAUAACAUACAUACAUAUAUAUAUAUAUAUAUAUAUAUAUAUUAUAUAUCUCGAAGAGUGAGCUACGUUGCCCACUCGUGUGUGUGUAUACGUGUAUGUGUGUGUGUGUGUACGUGUGUGUGUGUGAGUGCGUGUACAAUUGAGUGCGACGAUUUCGUUUACGCGCGGUGGUGGCUGCUGCGGCGGUGACGGAGGCGUAGGCGGUAGCGGCGAAGACGGCGGUGGAAACGACCGAAAAUAUAUUAUAUAGCCGCGUGUAUUAUAGGUGUGUGUGCGCGUGUUAACGAGUCGGGACUGCAGCGAUACACGUCGAACGGCUAUACCUAACGCGGUCUGUAACGUCGAGCUCCGAGAGACAGACUUCGGCGAAGGGACGCGACCAUGAACUGGACGACGAUGGUGGCGCUGGCAAACGGCACGGCCGACGAAUACGACGACGUGUCGGGCACGGAUGAGUCGGUGGCUUGUCGGUCGACUUUCGGCGACCGAUUCCCGCUGUCGGCGGUGCUGAUGGUCUUCUGCAUGGUGACCGUGUUCGGCAACUGUCUGGUGAUCAUCGCCGUGGUCCGGGAACGGUACCUGCACACGGCCACCAACUACUUCAUCACGUCGCUGGCGUUCGCCGACUUCCUGGUCGGGCUGGUGGUGAUGCCGGUGAGCGCGGUGCAGGAGGUGCUCGACCACUACUGGACGUUCGGCAUAAACGCGUGCGACGUGUGGCGGUCGCUGGACGUGCUGUUCAGCACGGCGUCCAUACUGAACCUGUGCGUGAUAUCGCUGGACCGGUACUGGGCCAUCACCGACCCGUUCACGUACCCGACCAAGAUGAGCCGGAAGCGGGCGUACCGGCUGAUCGCCGCCGUGUGGGUGUGCAGCGGCGUCAUCAGCUUCCCGGCCAUCAUCUGGUGGCGGCUGGUCCGCACCGAACCGGUGCCCAGCAACACGUGCCCGUUCACCAACAGCACCGGAUAUCUGAUAUUCUCGUCCACCAUAUCGUUUUACGUGCCGCUGCUGGUCAUGGUGUUCACGUACUACAAGAUCUACACGGCGGCCGUCACGCAGACCCGGUGCCAGAGGUUGGGCACCAAAGUGCUGUCGUCCACCCCGUCGUCGGGCGGCGGUUCCGGUGGCGGCGGUUCCGGUGGAGGCGGAAGCGGCGGCGGAAGCGGCAGCGGCGGCGGCGCCGGCGGAGGUCGCAUGGAGCUGACGCUGCGGAUACACCGGGGCGGCGGCACGACCACGUCCGCGUCGGCCGCCGGCGGCGGGGGCUACACGCGGGCGCACCAGCUGCAGAAAAACUUCUCGCUCAGCCGGAAGCUGAGCAAGCUGUCCCGCGAGAAGAAGGCCGCCAAGACGUUGGGCAUCGUCAUGGGCGUGUUCAUCGUCUGCUGGCUGCCGUUCUUCGUCGUCAACCUGCUGUCCGGGUUCUGCGACGAGAGCUGCGUGUUCAAGGACCAGCUGCUGUCGUCCGUGGUCGCCUGGCUCGGGUGGAUCAACAGCGGCAUGAAUCCCGUGAUCUACGCUUGCUGGAGCAGAGACUUUCGCAGGGCAUAUGGUCGAAUAUUGUGUGUAUGCUGUCCUAGAAAAGUACGAAGAAAAUAUCGAAGACCUCUACGCUACAGGUCCAGUCAAUACAUGGGAGCAUCCAUGGUAUUAGCUCCGGCCACGGUCACAUACGCUACUGUCAACCAACAAGACAUGUUCAACAUCUGAAAGGACCUUAAGAACUUAAAAUAGUUGAGUGGAUGGGCGUGAAACCCCACAAAAUGGAAGAUUUGCAUCGAGAUAUCAA